CAUUGCCAAGCAAGCAUAGGAAUUAACCAAAUUCUGUGUGUGUGUGUUUGAGAGAGAGAGAGACAGAGGUCAUGAUGGAGAGGAAGAAGAGCAUAACUGAAGUGGGAGUUGAUGAUAUAAUCAAGGCAGGUUUGUCUGUGGAAGAGGAGGCUAAAGAAUUCUACAGAAUCCUCAAAGAAACAAUUGGUGAAGCAAAAGGGUCAGACCCAAGAGAGGUUUGGAGGAAAGUGGUGGAUAAUAGAGUGCUGAAACCAUGGCAUCCUCAUGGAGUGCAUCAACUUGUUUAUUACUCUGUCUACUCUCAUUGGGAUUCCUCAACCAAGGGCCCUCCUCUUUAUUGGUUUCCUUCUCUACACGAAUCUAGACGGUCGAACUUGGGACGUAUAAUGGAGGUUCAUGGUCCGAAGCUUUUAGGAACUGAAUACAAGGAUCCUAUAAAAAGUUUUAGCCUCUUUCAGAAAUUCUCUGUUGAACAUCCUGAGGCUUAUUGGUCAAUUGUUCUGAAGGAGCUUUCAGUUGUAUUUCAUGAACCGCCAAAGUGCAUUCUCGACACAACUGACAAAUCAAAACCUGGAGGAACAUGGCUUCCAGGAUCUGUUCUGAAUAUUGCUGAAUGCUGCCUGCAACCCGCAAGCCAUCCUAGUAAAAAGGAUGAUGAUGUGGCUAUUGUCUGGAGGGAUGAAAUGGAUGAAUCUGUCUUGCACCAUUUGAAACUGAAAGAAUUUCGAGAACAAGUAAUGUUGGUGGCCAAUGCACUAGAUACAACAUUUACAAAGGGUGAUGCAAUUGCUAUUGAUAUGCCAAUGACAGUCAAUGCAGUUAUUAUAUACUUGGCCAUUGUACUAGCAGGAUUUGUUGUUGUAUCUAUAGCUGACAGCUUUGCAGCUAAAGAAAUUGCUACUCGUUUACGUGUCUCCAAUGCAAAGGGUAUCUUCACUCAGGAUUUUAUUCUCAGAGGAGGUCGAAAAUUUCCUUUGUACAGUCGUGUUGUAGAAGCUAAUUCUUGCAAGGCUAUUGUGAUCCCUGUGAUUGGAAAUGAUGUAGGGCUUCAAUUAAGAAAUCAGGAUCAGACAUGGAUAGAAUUUUUGUCCAGUGUCAAUCACCUUCCAAGGCCGAAUUUUUACUCUCCUGUUUAUCAACCAGUAGACUCUCUGACUAAUAUACUUUUCUCAUCCGGAACCACAGGUAGAGAAAUGUUUGAUAUGCUUAUUUUCCUACCUGUGUUUCCUCUUCCCUAUUAUCAACUGAUUAUCAAGCUUAUUUAUUGGUCUAAAUCAGGGGAUCCAAAAGCUAUAGGAUGGACACAUCUUUCACCAAUUCGAUGUUCUGAGGAUGCAUGGGCUCAUGUUGACAUUCAAAAUGGUAAUGUCUACUGCUGGCCAACGAAUUUAGGGUGGGUGAUGGGACCAAUUUUACUUUAUUCCACCUUUUUAUGUGGUGCAACUCUUGCCCUCUUCCAUGGGUCUCCUCUUAGCCGGGGGUUCGGAAAGUUCGUUCAGGAUGCAGGAGUUACUGUUUUGGGUACAGUUCCAAGCAUAGUAAAAGCUUGGAAGAGUACCAACUGUAUGGAGGGCUUAGAUUGGACAAAGUUGAAAUCCUUUUGUAGUACUGGUGAGGCCUCAAAUGUUGACGAUGACCUUUGGCUUUCUUCGAGAGCUUAUUACAAGCCCAUCAUUGAAUGUUGUGGAGGCACAGAGCUUGCAUCAUCUUACAUCCAAGGAUGUCCAUUGCAGCCACAAGCUUUUGGAGCAUUUAGCACUGCAUCGAUGACAGCAGGCAUUGUCAUCCUUGAUGAAAAUGGUGUUUCUUAUCCAGAUGACAUGCCUUGUGUUGGUGAAGUGGGUUUAUCCCCUCUUUAUCUGGGAGCAAGUGAUAGAUUGCUCAAUGCUGAUCAUAACAAAGUUUACUUCAAAGGAAUGCCGAUGUAUAAGGGAAUGCAACUUAGGAGACAUGGAGACAUCAUUAAGCGAACAGUUGGAGGCUAUUUUGUUGUACAAGGCCGGGCAGAUGACACCAUGAAUCUUGGUGGAAUUAAGACAAGUUCUGUUGAAAUUGAGCGUGUCUGUGACCGUGCUGAAGAAAGCAUCAUGGAGACUGCCGCUAUCAGUGUAGCACCAGUAGAUGGGGGUCCAGAGCUAUUGGUAAUUUUUGUGGUACUAAAGAAAGGAUUUGAUGGGGAACCAGACAAGUUGAAGAUGAAAUUCUCAAAAGCCAUCCAAAACAAUCUCAACCCUUUGUUUAAGGUGAGCUUUGUUAAGAUUGUUCCUGAGUUUCCCCGAACUGCUUCUAACAAGUUACUAAGGAGAGUUUUGAGGGACCAAAUGAAGCAUGAGCUAUUAGUUCGGAGUAAAAUUUAGUUGAAGCAUCUUCAAAAUCUCUUAUACGUCAGUCUAUCAACCAAAAAACUGUUUUGUAAUAAUGAAAAAGAGAUGCUAGGUAGCCAUUUUAAUCCCAUUGUUCUCAAAUGGUGGAUAGAUGGGAUCAAUUGAGGCAUGCAUUCUUGUAAUUCCUGCAACGUCAUUGCUUGUUGUCAAAUAGAUGUAGCUGAUAUGCUUGUGGUUUUGCUUAAAGGACUGGUGUAAAAUGGAAAAAUGUUUCUUGCUUAAAUGAUUUAUCAGAUAGUUGGAAUAAAUAUUUUGCUGCAA